AAUGCUUCUCUAAAUAGAACGUAUUGUAACCUUCUCUCAGUCCAACGUGGUUCCUUCACCCAGGCUGCUGGUCGCUUCCCUUCUUACACUUGUUGGGAUGCCUUUCAUGUUUUCCCCUCCUUCUCUUCAGAAAUCCAACUAUUUAUUUGCACACAAGGUCAUAUCAGCAGAGUGAUAAAGGCCUGUGUUGAAAUAGCAACAGACUCUUCACUUGACACUUGCCAAUUGGUCCAGAGGUGAAGCAUGUAAGCAGGAGAGUGCGGUGUCCUCUCGUAAUAAAUGUAAAUAUUUAUGAGGAAUCAAAGAUGAAUUUGGAACAGGAGAGGCCUUUUGUCUGCAGUGCCCCAGGCUGCUCACAGCGUUUUCCGACUGAGGAUCAUCUGAUGAUUCACAGGCACAAACAUGAAAUGACUUUGAAGUUUCCUUCAUUAAAAACCGAUAACAUGUUAUCAGACCAAACUCCGACACCAACCCGAUUCCUAAAGAACUGUGAGGAAGUGGGCCUCUUCAACGAUAUAGACUGCUCCUUGGAGCAUGAGUUUAGAAAGGCACAAGAAGAAGAGAACAAUAAAAGGAAUAUUUCGAUGCAUAACACUGUUGGAGGAACCAUGGCAGCACCUGGGGCACACCAGCUCUCAAAUCCAAGAAUGCCAAAUCAUGACACCAGCAUCGUGAUUCAACAAGCCAUGCCAUCUCCACAAUCAAGUUCAGUCAUAACACAAGCACCUUCAACAAAUCGCCAGAUUGGGCCUGUCCCAGGCUCGUUAUCAUCAUUACUACACCUCCACAACCGGCAAAGACAGCCCAUGCCUGCCUCUAUGCCAGGGACUCUACCUAAUCCUACCAUGCCUGGAUCUUCAGCAGUUUUGAUGCCAAUGGAACGACAGAUGUCAAUGAACUCCAAUAUCAUGGGAAUGCAAGGCCCAAACCUCAGUAACCCCUGUGCUUCACCACAAGUCCCUCCAAUGCACUCAGAAGCCAAAAUGAGGUUGAAGGCAGCAUUGACUCAUCAUCCUGCAGGCAUGUCAAAUGGAAACAUGAACACCAUGGGUCAUAUGAUGGAAAUGAUGAGCUCCCGGCAGGAACAGACAGCCCAUCAUCAUAUGCACUCGCAUCCGCAUCAACACCAGACGCUUCCACCUCAUCAUCCCUACCCACACCAGCAUCAGCACCCAGCGCACCAUCCUCAUCCUCAAGCACAUCACCAGCAGAACCACCCACACCACCACUCUCACUCACACCUGCACGCACACCCAGCGCAUCAUCAGACCUCGCCACAUCCGCCACUGCACACAGGCGGGCAAGCACAGGUAUCAGCAGCAGCUCAACAAAUGCAGCCCACACAGACGAUACAGCCAGCUCAGCCCACUGGAGGUCGCCGAAGGCGAGUCGUGGAUGAAGAUCCAGACGAGAGGCGGCGGAAAUUUCUGGAACGAAAUCGAGCCGCUGCCACCCGGUGCAGACAGAAGAGGAAGGUCUGGGUGAUGUCACUGGAAAAGAAAGCAGAAGAACUCACCCAGACAAACAUGCAGCUUCAGAAUGAAGUUUCCAUGUUGAAAAAUGAGGUAGCACAGCUGAAACAAUUGUUGUUAACACAUAAAGACUGUCCAAUAACCGCCAUGCAGAAAGAAUCUCAAGGAUACCUAAGUCCUGAGAGCAGUCCUCCAGCCAGUCCUGUCCCAGCCUGUUCACAGCAACAAGUCAUCCAGCAUAACACCAUUACGACUUCGUCUACAGUCAGUGAUGUCGUAGGAAGCUCCACCCUCAGUCAGCUUGCAAGUCAUAGAACAGAUAUGAAUCCAAUCCUUUAAAACCUAUCGGUCAGGAACUUUGCUGAAAAAGUGAUAGAAUAUCGUACUUCCUUUCUGGUUAAAAGGCAUUUUUCCCAAGUUAUCUCAGCUCUGAAGGACUCUUCAGCCUCCCAAAAGACUAUGAGCUCCAUUUUUAUAGUUAUUAAAAUGUCUUUUAUACUUAGUAAUAAUAAAGGGAGUUAUGCAAUGACUAUGUUAUCAGCUUGGGAGAUGCUUUGGUGCUUUUUCCAGUUAUCUGGUACCAGUGACUUAUUUUGGGGUUUUAAAAAAACCCUGUUCCUGUACAUAGUCAUGUUCCUUCUAACCAUAGCAAGCUGACUCAACAGAAACAUGUUAAACUGCCAUGUUAGCCAAAACAAGGCUUAGGAAAUAUUAAACAGCCAUAUACCGGCAUAAUUGGGCUAUAAAUAUAUGGCGGAAGCUUGGUUGACAGCGCAAUAAGUACAUUUGUUUUGCAAAAGCACCAGGCUCUCACACACAUCCAUAGCCUUGCAUCCCAUAUUUUUUUUCUGUUUUGAAAA